AAAGGACACAGAAGAUGGACUGGGGAGCUCUGCAGACUGUUUUAGGAGGCGUAAAUAAACACUCAACCGGUAUCGGGAAGAUAUGGCUCACAGUCCUGUUCAUCUUCCGUAUCAUGAUCCUGGUUGUGGCUGCAGAGAGUGUCUGGGGAGAUGAACAACAAGAUUUUGUCUGCAACACACUUCAGCCUGGGUGCAGAAAUGUUUGCUAUGAUCACUUUUUCCCCAUCUCUCACAUCAGACUCUGGGCCCUGCAGCUGAUCUUUGUUUCCACACCUGCGCUGCUGGUGGCCAUGCAUGUAGCUUACAGGAGGCACGAGAAGAAAAGGCGAUUCAGAAAUGGUGAGAAAAUUGAUAUUGAAGAGCUGAAAAAUGAAAAGUUUCACAUUCGGGGCCCCCUGUGGUGGACGUACACCAGCAGCAUCUUCUUCAGGAUCGCCUUCGAAGCAAUCUUCAUGUACGUGUUCUAUUACAUGUACGAUGGGUACCAGAUGCCUCGCCUGAUGAAGUGCAAUGCUUGGCCCUGCCCCAACACAGUGGAUUGUUUUGUGUCUCGGCCCACUGAGAAAACCACUUUCACUAUUUUCAUGCUUGCUGUGUCUGGGAUCUGCAUGAUGUUGAAUCUGGCUGAGUUGUGUUACCUAGUGAUAAAAGUUUGCUGGAAAGAUUCCAGGAAAACGACGGUUUUGAAAUAAUUCCCCAGUUUCAGGAUUUCCUAGUGCCCCAUUUCCCUCAAACUUUCUUAUGUGUCAGAAAACAAUCAGCAAUAUUUUCACACUCAUGGAAAAGCA